AUGUUUGAGGAAAAUCAGUCCUGCGUUCCUAGCCCUAGGAUUGGUCGAGGAUGGUUAUCAGUCAGAUGUCAGGUGGUCCGAAUUGCCCUGGCUGCUUCAGCCCCUGCGGCCUCAGUGGGCCCCGGAGUUCCCGGGGGGGCGAUAUCGACGCCGGCCCCAGCUCCGGCCUCGGCUCCCGCUCCAGGUCCCUCGGCGGGGCCGCCUCUUGGACCUCCAGCCUCGCUCCUGGACACCUGCGCCGUGUGUCAGCAGAGCCUGCAGAGCCGGCGUGAGGCGGAGCCCAAGCUGCUGCCCUGUCUUCACUCCUUCUGCCUGCGCUGCCUGCCCGAGCCGGAGCGCCAGCUCAGUGUGCCCAUCCCGGGGGGCAGCAACGGCGACAUCCACCAAGUUGGUGUAAUACGGUGCCCAGUAUGCCGCCAAGAAUGCAGACAGAUAGACCUUGUGGAUAAUUAUUUUGUGAAAGAUACAUCUGAAGCUCCUAGCAGUUCUGAUGAGAAAUCAGAACAGGUAUGUACUAGUUGUGAAGACAAUGCAAGUGCAGUUGGCUUUUGUGUAGAAUGUGGAGAGUGGCUAUGUAAGACAUGUAUUGAAGCACAUCAAAGAGUAAAAUUCACUAAAGAUCACUUGAUCAGGAAGAAAGAAGAUGUCUCAGAGUCUGUUGGAGCAUCUGGUCAGCGCCCUGUUUUCUGCCCUGUACACAAACAAGAACAGUUGAAACUUUUCUGUGAAACAUGUGAUAGACUGACAUGUAGAGACUGUCAGCUAUUGGAACACAAAGAACAUAGGUAUCAGUUUUUGGAAGAAGCUUUUCAAAACCAGAAAGGUGCAAUUGAGAAUCUACUGGCUAAGCUACUUGAGAAGAAGAAUUAUGUUCAUUUUGCAGCUACUCAGGUGCAGAAUAGGAUAAAAGAAGUAAAUGAGACUAACAAACGAGUAGAACAGGAAAUUAAAGUGGCCAUUUUCACCCUUAUCAAUGAAAUUAAUAAGAAAGGAAAAUCUCUCUUACAGCAGCUAGAGAAUGUUACAAAAGAAAGACAGAUGAAGUUAAUACAGCAGCAAAACGACAUCACAGGCCUUUCCAGGCAGGUGAAGCAUGUUAUGAACUUUACAAACUGGGCAAUUGCGAGUGGCAGUAGCACAGCACUGCUGUACAGCAAACGACUGAUUACUUUUCAGUUGCGCCAUAUUUUGAAAGCACGAUGUGACCCUGUCCCUGCUGCUAACGGAGCGAUACGUUUCCACUGCGAUCCCACCUUCUGGGCAAAGAAUGUCGUCAAUUUAGGUAAUCUAGUGAUAGAGAGUAAACCAGCUCCUGGUUAUACGCCUAAUGUCGUAGUUGGGCAAGUUCCUCCAGGGACAAACCACAUUAGUAAAACUCCUGGACAGAUUAACUUAGCACAGCUUCGACUCCAGCACAUGCAGCAGCAAGUGUAUGCACAGAAGCAUCAGCAGUUGCAACAGAUGAGAAUGCAGCAACCACCUGCUCCUGUACCAACAACAACGACAACAACACAGCAGCACCCACGACAAGCAGCCCCUCAGAUGUUACAACAGCAGCCUCCAAGAUUGAUCAGUGUGCAAACAAUGCAAAGAGGCAACAUGAACUGUGGAGCUUUCCAAGCCCAUCAGAUGAGAUUGGCCCAGAAUGCUGCCCGGAUACCAGGGAUACCCAGGCACAGUGGCCCCCAGUAUUCCAUGAUGCAGCCGCACCUCCAAAGACAACACUCAAACCCGGGGCACGCUGGACCCUUCCCUGUCGUGUCGGUGCACAACACCACCAUCAAUCCCACCAGCCCUACCACAGCUUCUAUGGCAAGUGCAAAUCGAGGUCCCACCAGCCCUUCUGUUACAGCAAUAGAGCUGAUCCCCUCAGUUACCAAUCCAGAAAACCUUCCGUCACUGCCAGAUAUUCCACCCAUACAGUUGGAAGAUGCUGGUUCAAGUAGUUUAGAUAAUCUACUAAGUAGAUACAUCUCAGGCAGUCACCUUCCCCCACAGCCUACAAGUACCAUGAAUCCCUCUCCAGGACCCUCUGCCCUAUCUCCAGGAUCAUCAGGUUUAUCUAAUUCUCACACACCUGUGAGACCCCCUAGUACCUCUAGUACUGGUAGUCGAGGCAGCUGCGGGUCGUCAGGAAGAACUGCUGAGAAAGCAAGUCUUAGUUUCAAGUCUGAUCAAGUGAAGGUCAAGCAAGAACCCGGGACCGAAGACGAGAUAUGCAGCUUUUCCGGGGCUGUGAAGCAGGAAAAGACAGAGGAUGGCAGGAGGAGCGCCUGCAUGUUGAGCAGUCCUGAGAGUAGCUUGACACCACCUCUCUCAACCAACCUGCAUCUAGAGAGUGAGCUGGAUGCAUUAGCAAGCCUGGAAAACCAUGUGAAAACAGAACCUACAGAUUCGAAUGAAAGCUGCAAACAGUCAGGGCUCAGCAGCCUUGUUAACGGCAAGUCCCCAAUUCGAAGCCUCAUGCACAGGUCAGCAAGAAUUGGAGGAGAUGGCAGCAGCAAAGAUGAUGACCCAAAUGAAGACUGGUGUGCUGUCUGCCAAAAUGGAGGGGAUCUCUUGUGCUGUGAAAAAUGUCCAAAGGUCUUUCAUCUAACUUGUCAUGUUCCAACGCUUCUUAGCUUUCCAAGUGGGGACUGGAUAUGCACAUUUUGCAGAGAUAUUGGGAAACCAGAAGUUGAAUAUGAUUGUGAUAAUUUGCAACAUAGUAAGAAGGGGAAAACUGCACAGGGGUUAAGCCCCGUGGACCAAAGGAAAUGUGAACGUCUUCUGCUUUACCUCUACUGCCAUGAAUUAAGUAUUGAGUUCCAGGAGCCAGUUCCUGCUUCGAUACCAAACUACUAUAAAAUUAUAAAGAAACCAAUGGAUUUAUCCACCGUGAAAAAGAAGCUUCAGAAAAAACAUUCCCAACACUACCAAGUCCCAGAUGACUUUGUGGCUGAUGUCCGUUUGAUCUUCAAGAACUGUGAAAGGUUUAAUGAAAUGAUGAGAGUUGUUCAAGUUUAUGCAGAAACACAAGAGAUUAAUUUGAAGGCUGAUUCAGAAGUAGCUCAGGCAGGGAAAGCAGUUGCAUUGUACUUUGAAGAUAAACUCACAGAGAUCUACUCAGACAGGACCUUCGCACCUUUGCCAGAGUUUGAGCAGGAAGAGGAUGAUGGUGAGGUAACUGAGGACUCUGAUGAAGACUUUAUACAGCCCCGCAGAAAACGCCUAAAGUCAGAUGAGAGACCAGUACAUAUAAAGUAAAAUGACAUGAACUUAAAUGAAUUGUUUAAAAAAAGAGAGAGAGAGAGAAGAAAAUACACUUUUAUUUAAGUGUCGCUGGUAUAUCCUGCCUACAGUGGGCACCUCCUUGAAGAAGCUGAUAGCUUUUACACAGUA